GCUCAAAUAACUCGUCUCCUUUCCCGAGCUCUCCAGUUCAGUCCGAGCUCCGCCGCGCGCGUAGCCCGAUGGAGGAGGUUCAGGCCGCCAUGACGGCGCACCUGGACCAGGUGUCUGGUCUCGUGCAGGCGCUCUCCUCCGAGCUCCGCCGGGGCAUGGGCCCCGCCGCUGACAACCUGCGCGCCUUCGUCCGCGCCGUCGACUGGACGGAGCCAUGGCUGAUGUGCUUGAUGGCAUUCCAUGUGAUUCUGCUGCUCACCGCCGUCGGGUUCAGGAGGAACGCUAACUUUCAGCUGUUGCUGCUGUUUCUUGCUUAUUCAGGAGUGUAUAUGGCGGAAAAGAUGAACAGAUACCUGGGAGAGCACUGGAGGAGCUUUGCCAGUCAGAAUUACUUCGACCGUUCUGGAGUUUUCAUCUCUGUCAUCUGGUCUGGGCCACUUAUCUUCAUAUCUAUUGCCAGUGUGGUUAGCAGCCUCAUUGCAUUAUGCCGGUUGAUGGUGAAAUGGAAGAGAGCAGAGCUUAGGCACCGGGCCCGACUUGCUCGCGACAAGCAGGACUGAGAAAAACAAAUCAUGCUGGACGUGCUAGCACGUAAUGGGCGUCUAUUGCUACUGUUCUUGCUGGUCAUGAACUAUAAUAGUUAUAGUUGGCAUAGUACAUGAGAAAACAGAUUUGGCAUAUGUACCAUCGUGUUUUCGGUUGUAUAUGUACUCUGAUGUGGAGAUGUAAUUUCAAUUAAAUCAACACAGUUCGUAAA